AGAAAUACAUAAUUAUUAUUAUGGAUUUUAGUAAUACUAGUUUGAAUGCUAAAAUUCCUACAUUAAGACGUAAAAAUGAUGUUUUAUAUUCAUAUUAGAAGCGGAGAGCUCCUUUUAAAGAUAUAGAAAUCCUUUGAAUGAAUGUCAUCACAAGAGUGAAUCUAAUUCAUUUGAGCAUAAAUAGGGAGAUAUGUAAUUUCCAAUAUAACAAUACACAUACUUCCAAUCAACUCCAAUUUUUCCAAUAUUAAGUUUUAUAUAUUGAAUUAAUAUAGGUGAACCUAAAAAUGAGUUUGUUGAAACAGCAAAUCAAUUUAUUAAACAUGGAAUAUAAAAUAGCUUAGCAAGCAUGAUUUAAAAGUAGAGUAUCGUUUCGAAUGAAUUUAAGUUAAAUUAAACAACCUAUGGAUGUAAAAAAAUGUGUGAAAUUGAUUGCAUGUUGGUGGAAAGAUAUUUUAAUUAAAAAUAUUGGGUAUUCUUAAUAGCUCUAUAUUUUUGUUAGAUAUUCUAAAAUUCAAAUUAGAAGUAUAAACUUGAUUAAACAAAAACAAGUAAUACUGAUUGGUUAAAGGCUAGAAUGUAACAUAGAUAUAAAUCCUAAAUCUAUGAUGCAUUUUCAGAAAUGAUAGAUUUGAUAUUUAAAGAGGGAGAAAUUCAAAUGAAUUCUAGGACAUAAUUAAUAAAAAUACAAAAUCUCAAAGGGUUUCAGAAUUUAGAGAGGCAAAUAUAGAAAGCUGUAAAGGCUGAUAAAAAAUUUGAUGCUUUUCUAUUUGAAAUACAAAAGGUUUUAGCAGAUUUUAUAUUUUCAACUAUAAAUUGA